AUGGUCGUGUCACGAGGUUAUCUGCCGAAGGUCUGGUGCGUCGAUGUGAAAUCGAAAAGUAGUGCUAAGCCUGGAAAUGGCGGAGGGGAGCAAACUUGUAUAUGGCCAUCGAUGUUUACUCUGCAAACCCACAAUCAAUUAUCUACUGCUCUAAAUUCAUGGAGACCUAACAUAACACCAUUUGCCAGCAAGAAGACAAGUGGAUUACACAACAGACACCCAACGAAGUUUAAUGUGGCCUUGUGUGUUGAUAGAUUUAAUGAAGUCUUGGAGAUUGCAUCAGAUUCUAUAAUAUUCAAAGAAUUGCACAAUAUUAAGGCAGUUCUAUUUGAAAAAAUCGUAUCGUGGAAAUUUUCUGUGUUCCAACCGCAUUCCAUACCUGAAAAAGCAGGUUACUGGAAUGUCUCGUUUGUUUCAUCCGACACCUUUGCAGAAAACAAAAAGGGCACUAGUGAACUCUCAAGGACACAUUUGGACAAUGGAUCACCAACCUUCUCUUCGCAUCUUUUUAGAAGAAACAUUCAAAAAACGUUGCAGGAGACUCUCCUCCCGUAUGAUAUUCAGAUAAGGGGUUUUAAGUGUGGCGCUCGCCUUGACCAAUCCCCGGGCUACAAUCUCCUGGAGACGUUAAAGAAGUACUUACGAAUACCCAAUACACAGCCAACUACAGAUCCGAAAUUGACCACCAAAACUGGGACCCAAACACCAGAAACUACAUCUGUUGAUACCGAGCGUUUGAAGACUCUUUUGAAUGAAGAAUCGAAAAAUCCGGAGAUGCAGAUGCGCAUAAAAUUAGCUUUCGCCGAAGGUUACUUAGCGGGGACAGGUCACUCCGUACAAAGUCGCUCAAUGAAAUUUCUUAAGGUCUUCCAGCAGGUUCUUCUCAUCAUGCUCUCGGUGGCGAUAUUCAUUUCAUUUCUGGCCAUCUUCAGCGGAUCCAGCUUCCGCCUGCAACUGGGCAACCACGUCGAGGUCGACCCGGAAGACAUCCACGUCACGUUCAACGACGUGAAGGGCGUGGACGGCGCGAAGGAGGAGCUGCGGGACGUGGUGGAGUUUCUCAAGUUCCCGGAAAAGUUCUCCGUGCUGGGGGGCAAGCUGCCGAAGGGCGUGCUGCUCGUGGGGCCGCCGGGCACGGGCAAGACGCUGCUGGCGCGGGCGGUGGCGGGCGAGGCGGGCGUCCCGUUCUUCCACGCCGCCGGUCCCGAGUUCGACGAAAUCCUCGUUGGGCAGGGCGCCCGCAGAGUGCGCGACCUCUUCAAGGCCGCCAAGGAGAACGCGCCCUGCGUCGUGUUCAUCGACGAAAUCGACUCCGUCGGCUCCAAAAGAACCAACUCCGUCCUGCACCCGUACGCGAACCAAACCAUCAAUCAACUGCUGUCUGAAAUGGACGGGUUCCACCAAAACGAAGGAGUCAUUGUACUAGGAGCGACCAACAGGAGGGACGACCUGGACAAGGCGCUGUUACGGCCAGGCAGAUUCGACUUGGAAAUAACCGUCCCGGUCCCAGAUUACGUAGGCCGCAAAGACAUAUUAAAACUGUAUCUGGGGAGAAUACUGUGCAAGAACAUGGACGUCGAGUUGCUCGCCAGAGGCACUACAGGUUUCACCGGGGCUGAUUUGGAGAAUAUGGUGAACCAAGCAGCGUUGAAAGCAGCGAUAGAAGGAGCGGAACACGUUUCUAUGAAGCAUUUAGACAACGCGCGCGAUAAGGUUUUGAUGGGGCCGGAAAGAAAAUCUAGGAUUCCGGAUGAAGAGGCCAACACAAUUACGGCGUACCAUGAGGGAGGCCACGCCAUUGUAGCUUAUUACACCAAGGACUCUCACCCGUUGCACAAGGUGACCAUCAUCCCGCGCGGGCCGUCGCUGGGCCACACGGCCUACAUCCCGGAGAAGGAGCGCUACCACGUGACCAAGGCGCAGCUGCUGGCGCUGAUGGACACGCUGAUGGGCGGGCGCGCGGCCGAGGAGCUGGUGUUCGGCGCCGAGAAGAUCACGUCGGGCGCGUCCUCCGACCUGCAGCAGGCCACGGCCAUCGCCACGCACAUGGUCAAGGACUGGGGCAUGUCGGAGCGCGUCGGCCUGCGCACCUACGAGCCCGGAAACACGCGCGGAUGGGUACAGGUGGGCGUCCGUUCCCAAGCACAAUCAUUGUAA